CAACAGAGCUGGAAUAAAAAAAGCCAGUGGUAAAGGGUUCAUCACUUAGAGGUUAGUUUUAGGAUUCAAAUUCAGCAUAUAGAGGGUUUUGCUUGGAUUUGGGAUUCAUCAGAUGCGGACCAGUGUUACUUUAUUGGGAUUCAUUCUUAGGAUCGCAGUUUAGGUAGCAGUUGCCACCAUGCUCAAAGCUGUGAUCCUGAUUGGAGGCCCUCAAAAGGGGACCCGCUUCAGGCCUUUGUCUUUUGAGGUGCCCAAGCCCCUGUUUCCAGUGGCGGGGGUCCCUAUGAUCCAGCACCACAUUGAGGCCUGUGCCCAGGUCCCUGGGAUGCAGGAGAUUCUGCUCAUUGGCUUCUACCAACCUGACGAGCCCCUUACCCGAUUUCUAGAGGCUGCCCAGCAGGAGUUUAACCUCCCCAUCAGGUACCUGCAAGAGUUUGUGCCCCUGGGCACAGGAGGUGGUCUCUACCAUUUCCGGGACCAGAUCCUGGCCGGGGGCCCUGAGGCCUUCUUUGUGCUCAACGCUGAUGUCUGCUCCGACUUCCCCUUGAGUGCUAUGUUGGAUGCCUACAGACACCAGCCUCACCCUUUCUUGCUCCUUGGCACCACGGCUAACAGGACACAGUCCCUCAACUACGGCUGCAUUGUAGAGAACCCACAGACACAUGAGGUCCUGCACUAUGUGGAGAAACCCAGCACCUUCGUUAGUGACGUCAUCAACUGUGGCAUCUACCUCUUUUCCCCGGAAGCCCUGAAGCCCCUUCGGGAUGUCUUCCAGCGAAACCAGCAGGAUGGGCAACUGGAGGACUCUUCAGGCCUGUGGCCAGGGGCAGGUACCAUCCGCCUGGAGCAGGACGUGUUCUCCGCCCUGGCUGGGCAGGGCCAGAUCUACGUCCACCUCACUGAUGGUAUCUGGAGCCAGAUCAAGUCUGCGGGUUCAGCUCUCUAUGCCUCCCGCCUCUACCUGGGCCAGUACCAGCUCACUCACCCAGAACGCCUGGCCAAGCACGCCCCCGGGGGUCCACGAAUCCGAGGAAAUGUUUACAUCCACCCCACAGCUAAGGUGGCCCCGUCGGCGGUGCUAGGUCCCAACGUCUCCAUUGGGGAGGGAGUGACCGUGGGCGAGGGGGUGCGGCUCCGCGAGAGCAUUGUCCUCCAUGGGGCCAUGCUGCAGGAGCACACAUGUGUUCUGCACACCAUUGUGGGCUGGGGGAGCACUGUGGGGCGCUGGGCCCGUGUGGAGGGUACCCCCAAUGACCCCAAUCCCAACGACCCCCGAGCGCACAUGGACAGUGAGAGCCUCUUCAAGGAUGGGAAGCUGCUGCCUGCCAUCACCAUCCUAGGCUGCCGUGUCCGGAUCCCUGCUGAGGUGCUCAUCCUGAACUCGAUUGUUCUGCCACACAAGGAGUUGAGCCGCAGCUUCACCAACCAGAUCAUCCUCUGAGGGGGACUGCCAGAAGGCACACCCCCCCAGCUCCCACCUCCUACCCGCUCCCCUCGAGGCUCCUGCCUGCAUGGCCAGCCUCCGUCCAAAAGGACCACAGGAAGCCAGGCGGGAUUUUCACGUGCCAGGAGCAACGUGGGUGGCCGGGAGACUCCUGGCCUCCCUCUUCACUCCUUAAUAAACCCCAGUGAACCUUGGAGCCA